CCGGCGGCAUCAGCGGAGGAGAAGGAAGGGGACUGAAAUGUAGAGCUGGCAUCUACUUUCCCAUCGUUUAAGGACGCUUUUAUGUACAUAUAGAGGGCAUCCAAUGAAGAGCCCUAAGUUAUUAACUUUAUUAUUAUGUCGGAGGGAGCAGUCGCAGCCCGGUGCUUGCUGUACACAGUUCGUCUAUUUAUUCCAGUCUGAAGCAGGAAUUCAGAUAGAAGUCUCAAGUAGAUAGAUUAGCAUUAACGUCGGUUAGUUUUUUGACACCCGUUCGCUUUUUAUAAGCUUUUUCCCCCCCCUUUUUGUGGAGAAAGAUUGUCAGGUUAAGCCACACGGAAGCAAUGUAUAAUACAGUCUGGACAACGGAAAAAGCCGGCGAGGAAGAGGACUGGAGGGACGUGAUGAUGCCCUACUCCACAGAGCUGAUAUUUUAUCUGGAAAUGGACCAACCGCCAGCUCUUCCUCCGAAGCCAGCGAAGCCACAGCCGCCCUCGUCGGUCGGGGUGGGAGGGGGCAGCAGCAAUGGCACCAAGGAUGGAGGAGCAGGGGGCUCACUGCAAGAGGCCGAGUGGUACUGGGGGGACAUAUCCAGGGAGGAGGUGAACGACAAGCUCAGAGACAUGCCUGAUGGGACCUUCCUGGUUCGGGAUGCUUCCACCAAGAUGCAGGGCGACUACACGCUCACACUGAGGAAGGGAGGCAACAACAAGCUGAUAAAGAUCUACCAUCGGGACGGGAAGUACGGCUUCUCCGACCCCUUGACGUUCAGCUCGGUGGUGGAGCUCAUCAGUCACUACAGACACGAGUCCCUGGCUCAGUACAACACCAAGCUCGACGUCAAGCUCAUGUACCCCAUCUCCCGCUUCCAGCAGGACCAGCUGGUAAAGGAGGAUAAUAUUGACGCCGUGGGGAAGAAGCUGCAGGAAUACCACAAUCAGUACCAGGAGAAGAGCAAAGAGUACGACCGACUGUACGAAGAAUACACCAAGACCUCGCAGGAGAUCCAGAUGAAGCGGACGGCCAUCGAAGCUUUCAACGAGACCAUCAAGAUCUUCGAGGAGCAGUGCCACACGCAGGAGCGCUACAGCAAGGACUACAUCGAGCGCUUCCGCCGCGAGGGCAACGACAAGGAGAUCGAGAGGAUCAUGAUGAACUACGAGAAGCUCAAGUCCCGGCUCGGAGAGAUCCACGACAGCAAGGUGCGGCUGGAGCAGGACCUGAAGACACAAGCCAUGGACAACCGGGAGACGGACAAAAAGAUGAACAGCCUGAAGCCCGACCUCAUACAGCUCCGCAAGAUCAGGGACCAAUAUCUAGUCUGGCUCAAUCACAAAGGAGUUCGUCAGAAACGAAUCAACGACUGGCUGGGAAUCAAGAACGAAAACACGGACGAAGGCUACUUUGUGACCGAGGAGGACGAGAACUUGCCCCACUACGACGAGAAGAGCUGGUUCGUCGGGGACCUGAACCGGACGCAGGCCGAGGAGCUGCUCAUCGGGAAGCCCGACGGAGCGUUUCUCAUCCGAGAGAGCAGCAAAAAGGGCUGCUACGCCUGCUCCGUGAUUGUCGAAGGCGAGGUGAAGCACUGCGUCAUCUACAGCACGCCGCGCGGCUUCGGCUUCGCCGAGCCCUACAACCUGUACAGCAGCCUGAAGGACCUGGUGCUCCACUACCACCAGACCUCCCUGGUGCAGCACAACGACUCGCUCAACGUGCGCCUGGCGUACCCCGUCUACACACCGAUGCCCUCCGGACGCAGAUGAACCGCACCCCAAAACCACCCAGCCACGACCCCACAGAGACAACGUACCCAACCCCCCUAUCGGGGAAGGAAGAACGGGGAGAGGGAAGGAAGCAAGCAAGC